AUGGCUUUGGUUUCGGCUUUUCUGGAGAUUUUUCGGAGACCCACAAUUGUUGAAGUCUUGGGCGAGCUUAUGAUGUUCAUAACCCCUCUUUGGAUUGCUGUGAUUGUUGGGGUUUUUGUUGGGUGGGCAUGGAAGCCAAAAUGGGCGAGCUUGGUUGGCAGAGACUUGUUGGAUUGCCCAAUCUCCAAACAAAAGGAGUCUUCCUCAUCGUCACAGACAUCAUCCACGUGUUUUGGUCCUAUUCCCAGCUUGAGUUCAUUGAGAUUUCUGCUGCCCAGUUACCUUCCUUGGGCCGCCGAUGAUAGGAAUCAAAAGGAGGCUCUUUCCAUGCCACCUACCACCAAUCCUGAUUUCAGUUCCUCACAGAAGGAAAGAGAAAAAUCCGGUCGUGUGACCAAUCAGGAUUUACGGCACAUAUGUCAGCUGGUUGAGGAGAAAGAUGGAGGUCCUGCUUGGAUUCAUAUGAUGGAUCGGUCCACCCCAACCAUGCGCUAUCAAGCUUGGCGUAGAGAUCCCGAGACUGGACCUCCACAAUACCGCAGUAGUACUAUAUAUGAGGAUGCUACACCAGAACAACUGAGGGAUUUCUUUUGGGAUGAUGAGUUUCGAUCGAAGUGGGAUGACAUGCUUAUAUAUGCUUCUACUUUAGAAGAAUGCCCCACUACUGGAACCAUGUUAGUGCACUGGGGUGCGCAAGGUGAGAAUAGUUUCCCAUUCUUUUGUAGCGACAGAGAAUACUUGAUAGGGCGCCGCAUUUGGGAAUCAGGACGGUCAUACUACUGUGUAACAAAGGGAGUACCUUGCUCUUCUGUGCCAAGGCGCGACAAACCUAGACGUGUUGAUUUGUACUAUUCAAGUUGGUGCAUUCGUGCAGUUGAAUCAAAGAGAGGGGAUGGCCAGCUUACUGCAUGUGAGGUUUUACUGUUUCAUCAUGAAGAUAUGGGUAUUCCUUGGGAAAUUGCAAAACUUGGAGUCCGGCAAGGUAUGUGGGGAGCUGUUAAAAAGAUUGAACCUGGCUUGCGAGUAUAUCAGAAGGAGAGAGCCUCUAAAGCCCCACUUUCACGGUGUGCUUACAUGGCUCAGAUCAACACCAAAGUCAGUGCAGACUACUUGAGAUCGGUGGAAAACAGCACUAGUGACACCAUGGCAAUUGAAAAAUCAGGUUCAUCGGAGAAGAAACCAGAAGGGAAGAGCAUACCUAAGCUUCUAGUUGUCGGUGGGGCCAUUGCCCUUGCAUGUAGCCUUGACCGGGGGCUCUUGACUAAGGCAGUUAUAUUUGGAGUAGCCCGAAGGUUCGCAAACAUUGGUCGGAAGUUGUGA